AUGUCGCCGUUACGGGGUCGGGCAGAGGCAAUUCCGAGCACGGCUUUGGCUGGGCUUCACGAAGCUCGGUCCCUGCUGGACGAGACCGUUUUCGGGACGCCGUCAACUCGUGUCGUGGAUGUACUUCAGACCUUGGGACCGUGGAAACGUCGCCAACCCCUCUCCACCUUCAAACCAGCUACGCCCGACCUGUCGAGCGUAUUCCGAGCCUCGUCCGAUCCCUCGUCGCAAUCUGCUGCAGCCCGACGCCUCCCGAGAAAACGACAACGCUCCCCGGUGACGAAAUACAUAGCUUCAAAACCCCCAACCCCCCGUUGUUCCAAGACCGAGCAGCCGGCUGAAAGCAGAAACGUCGGCCACUUGAUGGCAGCGGAGCUCCUGCAUCUAUAG